UGGACAGCCAUGCUUAACAUCUACUUUGGUUGGCUGUGAUGAUGAUUAGAAACACGUCUUCUCAAAUUGUAAAAAAACUACUUCCAUCUUUCAAUUCCAGCAUUUUAACGAGAAGUUCAGCCAUUCCUGAUAGAAAAAUUUGUGGUUUUCAGGCGUAUAAGGAACCAAAAAUAUUCGGUUAUGGAGGAAUGGAAGCGGGUUUAGAAGAAUUUCCUUGGAUGGCUUUGCUUGGUUACACGACGCGUUUUGGUAAAUUAAAGUGGUCUUGUGGAGGCACCCUAAUUAGUUACAGGUAUGUCUUGACAGCGGCGCACUGUGUGACAGGCGAGGUUGGAGUCAAGGUGGGACAAAUUACAUACGUCAAAUUGAGCGAACAUGACAAAUCUAAGGAAAUAGAUUGCGACAACGAAGGUUUUUGUAACGAAAAAGCUGUAACUGUUGGGAUUGAGCGUUUGUCGUUUCAUGAAAAGUAUGAUGCCAAUGACAAAACUAGUGGUAAUGAUAUAGCGAUAAUAAAACUAAACCAAACAGUUAAAUACACAAACUUUAUUAGACCAAUCUGCCUUCCCGAACCAAACGAAGAAUCAAGCAGAAAUGACCGACUUAUGAUAGCUGGUUGGGGUCUUACAGAACAUGGUGAUACCAAUGUGAAAAUCAAGGUUGAAUUACUUUUUCGUAUGAGAGAUGAAUGUAUGACUGCUUACAGACCAAUAGGACUUAUAUUAAGUGACUCCCAAAUAUGCGCUGGAGGAAAUUAUGGAAAAGAUUCCUGUAAAGGUGACAGUGGAGGUCCUUUGAUGAAAAGGUCGAUUCCCAAUCCCUUCCAGUGGUACCAAGAAGGAAUCGUGUCAUUUGGAAAUAGCGAUUGUGGUACAGCAGGAUUACCUGGAGUGUAUACAAAAGUUUCGAGAUUUUUAUCUUGGAUUCAUAGUCACAUUAUAGGGGAGUGCAAUUAGAACGAAAAGAUACAAUGUUUCGGAAAAAAUCAAACAAGGUUAUAUUUUUCUAAAAAUUUUUUUGUUAGUUUAUAAAUAUGUUAAAGUAAAAAGUUCUACUCACAAAUUUCGCCGCUAAUUGUUUAUUAAUUGUUUAAACAGUAACAAUUGUUUUGUAUAAAUAAUGUUAAGAAUAUGGGUGAAUUCAACAUUUUAUUUUGAUAAAAAAUGUUUUUAUUUUAGUUUUGAUUAUGCUGAACCCGAAUCUGACAUUACAAUUUGCAAAUUCAAAAUGGCGGAUUCAAAAUGGCGGAUUUUACUCUAAAAAUCCUUAAAAAGCAGUUGUAAAAUCCGAAUUUUUUUUAUAAAACGUGUUUGUUUACAUAUAUGUGGAUAUUUUUGAGAGGUUGCUGAAUCUGAAUCACAUUUUGAUGAUUUAAAUUAUAAAAUGGCAGAUCCAAAAUGGCGGAUAACUUAAAAAAUAGUUGUAAAAUCAUAAUUUCUUUACAAAAUGUAUUUAUUUCUACAUAUAUUUAUUUUUGAGAGCUUUGAUAAACCUAACUUAAAUGUUAACAUUAUAAGCUAUAAAAUGGCGGAUCCAAAAUGCGGAUUUUCUAAAAAGAACAUAAAAAAGAACAUUUUUCUAAAACAUUUAUUGUCUUUAUUUUUAACAGGUUGUUGAAUCUGAAUUAAAGAUUAAAAUUAAAAUUUCAAAAUGGCGGAUCCAAAAUGGCGGAUAUUUAAAUGAAAAACAAGUAGAAUCCAAUCAAACAAAUAUGGAAUUUUAUUCUUAAAAAAAAGAUAAACAAAUAAUUUUCACAAUAAUAUUAAAAAUUAAAAUGUAUUAGAAAGAAACAACAAAUUAUUCAAAAUCUAUCUCUUCAAUAUUCAAAAAAUUGUUUAAAUGGGAUCAUAAAUAAAAAAGUUAUUCUUAGUAAAAUGCUCUGCAUAUUCUAAAACUUUAAAUGCAAUCAAAAAAUAUCAAUUUUUAUCAAUUUUGUACAAGAUAUGUCAAUGAAUAAAAAUUUCAGUUAGGAGUAAAAUACCUAUAUUUUUCAUAAUACUGAAAAUUCUUAUUAUGGGAAGUUGUCCAGAAUUAAAAACGAUGUGUCAAUAUGCAAUAACACUCUUCUAAUCGAAAUAUUGUGAACUAUAAAGCUACAUAUUUAUUGCGCGAAAUAUAAUUUUUUAAUAAAAUCAAUGGAAAAAUCCCAAUAGUGGGCUGUAUACCAUAGUUUAAAAAACCUAUACAGAAGUAAAAACUUCAAAUUGUAUUUUGGUAUAAAAUAGUUUAUUUAAAACUUCUAAAAGUCAUCCACAUGGAUUGCAAAACGUUUUCGUUCUGAACAGAACAUCUUCAGUGCAUUCCGCAAAG